AUGAGUAUCCCUCGCGCAGUGGCGCCGCCUGGGCACGAGCUCGGCAGUCCUGCCCCCGGUGCGGCGACAGCAGGCGCGCAGAGCGUGACGACGGGCGUGGUCAAGCGGCCCGGACCGGCGCCGGCUGAGGAUACUUCUUCGGGAGGCGGCGGCACGUCGCUCGAGUACCUCCCGCAUCAGCGCAUCGCAGCUGUGCUGGAUGAAGUGGCGGCCAUGAAAGCCAAGGUCGCUCGGCAGGACGCCCGCUUUGCUGCAGACACCGCCGCUCUGCGCAUGGAUCUCAACGCAGCUCGCGCCCUUUACUCAGCUCCGCUACCUGUGCCACCUGCUGACGACGCCGCCGAGCAUGUGUGCCCUGAUGGCUCACUGAGGAGCGUCAUGCACAUGGAUCCGGCGACGCGGGCUGCGUUUGAGACUCAGGGCCGCGCCCUGGCGGACAGCCUGGGUGCUGGCGACGAGUCGUCGGCGCUGACCCACAUCCAAGCCCGAGCCCCGCUGGGAUCGAGCGUCCUGCGCGGCGUGCUCCGCACAGUGCCCGAUGAUCAGACCCGAGAGGCUGUUGCAGCUCGUCCGGGGGCUGCGUUUGCCGCCUCGCCGGCGCGCGGCACCAAGCCGGCACCAGAGGAGCUGCAGCUGUGGGAGGAGGCCAACUCAGCGCUUGCUCGUGAGCGAGCAGCCAACGCCGCCACACGCGACACCAUCGUCCGUCUCCGCCACCAGCUUGCUGCCGGCGACACCGAGCUGAGAGUAGCCAUAGAGGACAACGCCGCGCUCCGCCGCGAAGUCGCUGAUGCUAAGGCCGAGCUCGACGCUGUCAAGGCCGAGCUCGACGCCCAGCUCGCGGCCCAGGCCCGUGCCCUCGCCGAACAAGAGCGGGAGCGCUCGCGUGCGCUUGCUGAGCUUGACGAACUCCGCACCCUCUCCGCUCGGGUCUCGGAUCACUACCCGCGGUUGCUUCGCGAACAGAACGAGCUCCUUGCUGCCGAGCAAGCUAAGAUCGACGAGCUCCGCGCCGCCAUCAAGGCCCAGCGCGCCGAGCAGGCCGGCAUUCCGCUCGAGACGCAACGGGAGCUCCAGGCCAAUGCUUCCAAGCUGGCCUCGCUCCAGCAAGCCCGUGCUACCCUUGAGCAAGAGCUUGCUACGGCUUCCGCCUCGCAAGCCGAGGGAGCCGACCACGCUGCCCAGGCCUCGGCUCUUGAUUCGCGCAUCGCCCACGAACGUGCCCGUAUCGAACAGCUCAAGGACGCCAUGCGAGCCGAGGCGCGCCAGCCGGCAGCCAUUGCACCGUCCACCCUGGCGCCGGCACCCGUACACAACCGCGACCUCACCCACGAUCCGGUCUUUUCGCGGAUGGAUGCGCUGCGGACGUCGUCGUUCUCCUCGCGCGGACUCCCGCCGCCCGUCUCCGCUCCUCGGGCCACCUCUCGGCGGGUCUUUGGCCCUUCGUCCGACACUACCCUUUCAAACAUCGGUCUCGACCUUGCAUCGCUUCGCCCUGCGCUCGAGACCUCGUUUGCGCGCUACGGCCCGCCGCCGCCGCGGGCUCCUACCGCCGGCAUCGGUCUGCGAUCGCUCUACCCGUAG